GGCUAUUUUGACUCUCUGGUGGCUCCUCCCACUUGUUGUCCCUCUUCCCAUUUGUCUUUCUUGCUCACACCCCUUACAUAUCUGAUGGCUGGGCUAAUGGAGGCCUCCCAGGGUGGGUAUGAGUGGCACCUUUAUUAAUACCAUUUGUGAGUUUAUUUACAAUCUCCUCCAUGCUGUGUGGAGAGCGUUGGUGUCAGAGCCGGCUGGUCUGGCGGUGCCACUCGAGGAGCGAGGCCCUUCUUUCACAGAGCCCAUGGAGGAGUUGAGCCCCCGACAGCUGGCUGUCAAGCAGCUGAAGCGACAGUUCUUGGAGGCCCUGCAGGCCAACGACGCUCAAGAGGUCAUGCAGAUUCUGCACACUGGGAAACUAGACAUUGACACUGUGCUCGAGGUGGAGGACCCGAGCAUGGUGCUGGCCUCAUACAAGCAAGGUUACUGGCUCCCAGACUACAAACUGGAGAAGUCCUGGGCGAUGGCUAUUCAUGUUAGCGUGAUGCACAAUGCUGUGGAAACGGCUCUGGCGCUCCUUCAGGAAGGUGCCGCCCUCAACCGGAUGCCCAACGGGAAGACGCCGCUGCAUGUGGCCUGCGAGGUCUCCAACGGCGACUGUGUCGCCUUGCUCUUGGCUCACAGGGCAAAGGUCAACAGCCUGUCGCUGAGCGGACACACACCUCUGCACUAUUGCAUCACCAGGGAGUCUGUGGACUGUGCCAAGCAGCUGAUCCUGAAAGGUGCAAACGUGGAUAUGCCCAGCAACAACAACGAGGAGGACACACCUUUACACGCAGCGGCCAGGUUCGGCAUCCCAGAGCUGGUGGCGAUCUACUUGGCCAACGGAGCGUCUGUGGAUGCGGUCAACUCUCUCCAGGAGACGCCCCUGAUGUCUGCAUGCUUCUGGGCUUUUGACGCUAAAGAGCAAAGCUACAGCCAAGAUCACCAUCUUGUCUGUCGCCUCUUGCUGGACCACCAGGCUAAUCCCAACCUCAGAGAAGAGGACAAUAAAACCGCUCUACACAAGGCAGCCUGGAACUGUGAUCACGUCCUGAUGCAGAUGCUGCUGGAGGCCGGAGCCAACACCAGAGCCAUGGACAUCAACGGCUGUGCUCCGAUCCAGUACGUCCUCAGAGUGACUGGUGUCAGGCCCAUGGCCAUACCGGAGCUCUGCUAUCAGCUGCUGCUCAACCAUAACGCACCGCGCAUCUACCCACUCCAGUUCCACAAGGUGUUGCAGACCUGCUACGACUACCCCGCAGCAGUAGAAAUCAUGAUCAACUCUUAUGAACGCAUAAAGUCCACAAAUAAGUGGAGAGUUGCUCUUCCUGAUGACUGCUACAAGCGACACAAAGACUUCUACGACUCCGUGUUUGCUGUUUGCACCAACGCUCCUCGCAGCCUGCUGCACCUGGCCAGAUGUGCCAUCCGAGCCGGCCUGGGUGGGUUCUGCCACAGAGGUGUAGCACAGCUGCCUCUGCCAUCUCCCAUGAAGACAUAUUUACUCCUGGAACCUGAGGGGAUACUGUACUGAUGAAGUCACCUGACAGUGUCAUAGAAACAUGUACUUCCUGUCUGAUGACAGUGAAAAUGCUGUUAGUUGGAGCUGGUACUAACAGGUGUGUCUUUUAUAUAUUUUUGCUCAUCAUUCCAAGAGGAUUUCGUCAGCAACAUACAGAAAUGGAGUAGAACUCUGAUCACAUGACGGACAUUAACACUGAUAAGGUACUGGUCUUCCUGAAGGUGCCAUGAGUGUCAGUAAAUACAAUCAGUCGUGUCUCUCCAUCACCGUGUUGCUACGUACUUCAAAGGCUCCAUAUCUACCCGGCAACCAGCCUUAAUGCUCACCAUUAGCCCUUUAUUGGCUAAACAAACACUUGACAAAGCCCUCCAUAACAAGUGCUGGUUUUUCCAGUGGACUGCACAUAAAAGAAGCAGAAAAACUGGUUCACGGGUUUGUUACUUCUAAACUAGAUUACUGCAACUCCUUAUCAUCAGGCUGCUCUGAUAAGUCUCUUAGGUCUCUCCAGUUGAUCCAGAGUGCUGCAGCUCGUAUUCUCACUAAAACCAAGAAAAGAGAUCACAUCACUCCUGCACUAGCUGCUCUGGACUGGCUCCCUGUAAAAUCAAGAAUCACAUUUAAAAUUCUUCUCCUCACCUACAAAGCCUUGAUUGGUGAUGCUCCAUCAUAUCUUAAGGAGCUUGUCGUACCAUAUUGCCCCACUGGAGAGCUGCGCUCACUAAAUGCGGGGCUACUUUGGGUUGAGGCCUCCUGCCUGGUGGGCCGGCCUCCUGCCAUGGCCCUGCUGAGGAUUUUUUGGGAGUUUUUCCUGAUCCGAUGUGAGGUCCUGGGACAGCGAUGUCGUAUGUGUACAGAUUGUAAAGCCCUCUGAGGCAAAUUUGUCAUUUGUGAUAUUGGGCUAUAUGAAAUAAACUGAAUUGAAGCCAGAA